AUGUCUACCAGUAUUCAUACAGAAGAUUGGGCUGAAGUCAAAGAACUGACGGAACAAGUGCAGUCAGGGAUGGCAGUCGGAGAGCAACACGUUUACCAGCAGGCUCUGGCGCUCCUGGACACCACUGAUCCACGCGCCUGGCUUGCUCCCAGUCCCACCUUGCAAGGCACCUGCGCGGCACACGCCGAUUACCUGCUGCAUUCGCCUGUCUCAAUAGCAACACACAACUUACAGCAGGUCGUGGAUUCCAGUAAUGGUAGUUUGCUAAGAAGAACUAAGAGUCCCUCCGCAAAAGUGAGGGAGCUGUGCAAACUGAAAGGUGUAGGGGUUGACGAGCUUGACUGCAGGCAAAGAGCCCCACCAAGCAAACAGGUAAACGGGGUGCAGAAACAGAGACGGCUUGCUGCCAAUGCUAGAGAGAGGAGGAGAAUGCAUGGCCUGAACCACGCCUUUGACCAGCUUCGGAAUGUCAUACCAUCAUUUAACAACGAUAAGAAACUUUCUAAAUACGAAACUUUACAGAUGGCGCAGAUCUACAUCAGUGCACUUUCAGAUCUGCUGCAGGGUCCCGAAGGAGAACAGCAGCAGCGCCAGGCAUCCAAAGCAGAAGCUGGGCGAACCGUAUAUGAGGUGGCGGGUACAAGCUGCAGACGUAUCCAGCAGCCUUAUUCGUUGCAAAUUUCUUCACCGGAGCCGUUUGUAUACGAUGAAGGACCAUUUACUGAGGGUCCCAAAGGAGCAAGUCCCACCAUGGUGCCAGAGGACAGCGACACAUCGCCGUGCAAUCGCUCCCACCGAAGUGAUGGAGAGUUUUCGCCCCGCUCUCAUUACAGUGACUCAGAUGAGGCUGGAGUUGAACUUCAGAGCGAAGAGGACGAGUUGUGCGACGUGGGUACCCGCUUGCAGACUCGCCACCCAAACUACUGACACAGCAGAUGCAGUCAUACAUUUUGUGAUGAACGAUAUAUAACUAUUUUUGACUGUAUGCAUCUGUAGCAAUAAGACUGCACAGAUACUGUCUGUGCGCUCCAGAGUUUUCCAUUCACUGCUAUUUAUUCGACGCCUGAAGUUUUCUUCGAGUGGUCACUGACCUAAAAAGAGAAUGGGAACUAUAACGAAAUACAUUUAUAAGUGACUUUUGACCACGAGGGGGGGGGGGGUGAUGCAACACAACCAAACUGUAUAUUCCUUACCGUGGACUCUGCCAAUGUGUGUUUUCAUUUUGCUAUUAUACCAGGGAGAUAACCCUGAGCAACAUUUUGUCUUCCAAAGUAAUUACCAGUACAUGUUGAGGGAGAGAGAAAAAAUAUAAUUGUGCAUAAUCCACUAGAUGUAAAUAAUAAAAUACAGUGCUAUUAUAAAUUUUAUACAGCCCGCUUGCGUUGUACACUGCGUAUGCACUUUAUAAAAAGCCAUUGACUUUAACUGUAAGGCUUUUGCAAUGGAGCAGCGAAAAAGAGGUAAAUAAUGACUGCAGACAACUGCCAAUUUGUGCGAAGAGUUAUUUAAUGUAGUUCAGUCAUUGAAAUGUUUGUAUGUUUUAAGCACCAUUUUGUUGGUAAAGCACAGUUUUCAGUUUUUUGGAUAUGUUAGAGUAUUAAUUUAUUAUUUCGAGUGUAAUUCCGCUUUUUUACAAAACUUUUGUAUAAGCUGCAUUUGUAUUAAUUUUAAAACUUGUCAUGCAUUUUUGGUGCGCUGGGAGCUGCAGA